UCUAACAACUUUUUCACAUCAACAAACGUCAAUAUAUAACUUAACCUCAUUUUGUUUGCGUCUAAAUUCCAAAUUGUACAUAAUGUUAUCUUUACUAAUUGUUUUUGUCAUAAUUGACUCUUACACUCAUCUUUGCACGGAAGCUACUUUAACACCAAAGUCACGAAAAAAUGACGAUUUAAGGUUAGCCAAAAUUAAAAGCGGCCCCCAGAACUUGACGGUUUUUGACCGAAGUUUAGUUACCGAGACGGUUGUUCCUAAGGAAAUUUUACAGAAUUAUCAGGGGUACUUUCGAGAAGUUGAUGACUUUCAAUUUGAGGGUCAUGUAUUGGGUUAUGUUACACCUUGGAAUAGUGAAGGUUACGAUAUUGCCAAAAUUUUUGGUAAUAAGUUUACCUACAUAAGUCCUGUUUGGUUAGAAGUGAAGCGACCAGUGGUGUAUGAACUAAGCGGAACCCAUGAUAUUGAUAAAAAGUGGAUGGUUCAUGUGCGAAACGCGGGAAGAGAAAGAAAACUUAAGAUUCUUCCUAGAGUUUUGUUUAGUAGCCUUGGUGAAAAAGAUAUUAAUGAUUUAUUUUCCAAUCCCAAGCACGCAAAACAGUUGAUCAAGUUACUAAUUGAAACGGCAAGUUCAAAUCGUUUUGAUGGAUACGUUAUAGAAAUUUGGCCGCAACUGGAAAUGCCAAUGAACUACCAGCCUCUUGUAGACUUUGUAAAAACUAUUGGUGAUAGCUUAGCUCUUGAAAAUCUAGAGAUGAUCCUAGUCAUUCCUCCUAAACGGGGACGUAAUUUACCAUUUAACGAAAAUCACUUUAAUUCAUUAUAUAAUCACACUACUGCGUUUUCCUUAAUGACUUAUGAUUAUUCAAAUCCUCGCAGACCCGGACCUAACGCUCCGUUAUCUUGGGUUGAAGACUGUGUUAAAGCUGUAUCUAGUGAUCAACAAAAACGCCACAAAAUAUUAACAGGCUUUAAUUUUUAUGGCAACCAUUAUGCAGAAAUGGGCAGUAAGCCAAUAGUGGGGCAUGAAUUUAUAAAAAAGUUAGAAGAGAAGCUAAAAAACGCAAAAAUGAUGUAUGACCCACAGAUAGCUGAACAUUAUAUUGAAUACGAUGAAUCCAAUGGAAAACAUCUUCUUUUUUAUCCAAGUCUUUAUUCUAUUAACAAGAGAAUUGAAUUGUGCAAAAAACUAGGAACAGGCAUCUCUAUUUGGGAAUUGGGACAAGGACUGAAGUAUUUUUAUGAUUUGUUAUGAUUUUUUAUUAAACGUUUUUUAGUUUUUUCACAAAAAAAUAAAUAAAACCUAUCACUAUCA